GACACAGUAGUAAUUUGAGCCUCUGCAAUUGCCAUACCCAGGGAAUGCUGCCCUGCUUCCUUGGAAUGUACUUUAUGUGCCCACUGACCCUUGAUCAGAACUUUGGGCUGCUGAUUUUCAGCUGGAACUUGAAGGGACCUCCCCUCUCGUUGCAAGACAGCAUGGCCCUGGCCACAGCAUUGGAGGCACAGCUACAACUGAGAGAGGUGGCAGGCAUCCCCCUGCAGGCUAGCACUGUGGACAACUGGAACCAGAUCCAGAACUUUGAGGCCAAGCCAGAUGAUCUCCUCAUCUGUACCUACCCUAAAUCAGGGACUACAUGGAUUCAGGAAAUUGUGGACAUGAUUGAGCACAAUGGAGAUGUGGAGAAAUGUCAGAGAGCCAUCAUUCAACACCGCCAUCCUUUCAUUGAGUGGGCUCGGCCACCCCAGCCCUCUGGGGUGGAUAAAGCCAAUGCAAUGCCCUCUCCACGGAUACUAAGGACUCACCUUCCAACUCAGCUAUUGCCUCCAUCUUUCUGGGAAAACAACUGCAAGUUCCUUUAUGUAGCUCGAAAUGCCAAAGACUGCAUGGUUUCCUACUACCAUUUCCAAAGGAUGAAUCAAAUGCUUCCUGACCCUGGUACCUGGGAAGAAUAUUUUGAAACCUUCAUCAGUGGAAAAGUGGGCUGGGGUUCCUGGUAUGACCAUGUGAAGGGAUGGUGGGAGAUAAAAGACAGAUACCAGAUUCUCUUCCUCUUCUAUGAGGACAUGAAACAGGACCCAAAGCAUGAAAUUCAGAAAGUCAUGCAGUUCAUGGGAAAGAACUUGGAUGAAACAGUGCUGGAUAAAAUUGUUCAGGAGACAUCAUUUGAGAAAAUGAAAGAAAAUCCCAUGGUGAAUCGUUCCACGGUUCCUAAAUCUAUCCUGGACCAGUCCAUUUCCCCCUUCAUGAGAAAAGGAACUGUGGGGGAUUGGAAAAACCACUUCACUGUGGCUCAGAAUGAGAGAUUUAAUGAAAUCUAUAAGCAAAAGAUGGAAGGAAGCUCAAUAAAUUUCACAGAACUCUGAGCAAGACAUACAUAGAAAGUCCUUCAGCCCAGCCAGAGUAUCUCUGAAAGCAUUUUGUAAAGUACACAAUUAUGGUACCACUGAACCUGUGAUUACUAUGUACUAGCUUUAUUUUUUUAGAAGGAUCAUGUCUAAUGCUUAUUUUCUCAACCAUUCUUUCCAAAGUAAGAAAUAAAGAGGCUUAUUCAACAAAGUAAAAUAUAAGACUUGAACGCUGCAAGGAUUCUUUAGGUCUCCAUCAUUCUGGAAAGUUCAUCCAUGUUUUUUAGUCUGUAAUAUACCUUGGGCAUAAAUAUGAAAAUAUUAGUUUCUAUCUAUUUUGAUAAUAUGGAAUCUCCAACAUCUGUCUUGGCCAUUCUAGAGCACUCCAGCUGUGUUAGUUUGUGGGGUUCCACCUGAUUACUAUGAAAGGGACACUCUGAGGGCAGUUCUGAUGCAGUCUACUCUGUGAAAACAUGUCCCAAGUGCCAUCCCUGGUGGUGAGGAAGGAAAGGGAAAGGCACAGAGGGAGAGGCCAGAAGACCAAACACUGAUAAAGAGUCAUAGUGCUUAAUUACAGAAACAGAAGGGGUGUCCAUUCUGGAGCCUGAGUUAUAUCCUGGUAAAAGCAGAAAACACAGACAGAGGAGCAGCACCAACAAGUCAGCCCAGGCAUGGUUGUCAGACUUGGAGAUAGUCUUUUCUGCAACGCUGUGCCCUCUGUAGGCCAACAUUACCAAGCUACGGGCCCUUUUCACUGGUUUCCCAUACUUAUCCUGCUGAAGCCCUGUUGCUUCAUAUUUGUUGAUUUACUUGUCUAUUUCUCCCGCCUGAAUGUAAAUUCUUUACCAUUUGGUUCCAUGUCUUAUUCAACAUCUCACUCCCAGUAUGCAAUGCAAUGCAUGGUACAUAACAAGUGUUCUGCAAGUACUUGGUAACAAGCGAAUGAAUGCAUAGAUGAAUAACUACAAGAAGGUAGGCACAUUUCAGAUUACAAAUUCCCAGCUUUGAGUCCCAACUAGUCGCAUUCCAAAGCUGAGGGCAGUAGGUGCUCCUGCUUCCCCCGAGGGGAAGGCAAUAAGAGGUUAAAUUAAGCCCAACUACAAUUCUGACUGCUUUUUAUUAUCACCCACCUCUAGCAGCUCUAAACAAUGUCAGUGAUAAAAAAUACUCUGUGGUGAAGGAGGAGGAUCUUCUAUUAGCCCUAAAUUCUAUUUAUUUUUAUCUACAUUUUUAGAUGGGGGUGCAAAGAGAGAGGAGAGAGAAUCCCAAGUAGGUUCCAUGCCCAGUACAGAGACCACCGUAGGACUCGAUCCUACAACCCUAAGAGCAUGGCCUGAGUCAAAAUCAAGAGUUGGAUGCAUAACUAACAGUUACUCAGGUGCCCUCUUGACCCUAAAUUCUAAGCAAUUGCUUGGUCACUACCAAGUUUUAAUCAUACAUAUGUAACUUCAAAUUAGUGCCUUCUAAUUGUGUAAAAAAAAAGCUGUCUAUAUCCCCCACAUUUGGCAAUUUUAGAUUGUAAAUUUUUUUUUGCUGUUUGGUUUCAUGUCUGUUUACAUCUGUAUGGAAGUUAAUUCAGAGAACACCCAAGCACAGAGACAGCUUCUGUAACUGACACACAGAUGCAACUACGCCUUCUUCCUCAGGGUAAGUUCAUUACAGCUCAGGAUCCUUCAAGCUCCCUUCAAGUACAAUUUGCAUUCCUGCUGCAUAUGAACAUCCCUGUGUUUAAACAGUAGUAGAUUCAGAACAAACACUGAUAGCAUAGUUAUUAUAAGAAUGAAGAAGCAAAUUUUGAAUUUCUUCAAUUCUAUCAUGCUUUGUGACUCCUUGGAGUUUUUGUUUGUAUUCAAAAUUUAAAACGGUGAAAUUUUAAAAAAUGCGAACUGCAAGGUAUAAAAUUUUUGUUCAAUAAGUGCAGAGUUUUGUUGUUAUGGAAAAUAGUUUGCUAAUUUUGAAUAAUAUCUGUAAAUGGAAAUUUACUCUCUUCUCUAAUUAUUAGUAAUGGUUUUAAAACUCAAGAAUGAAUAAAGAGAAUGAACAUCA